GAGUGGCAGUAGGCGAUGGCAUCAAAAUGCUGAGGAGAUUCACGCUGCAUUGACUUGUUUCUCUUGCUUCGUUCAUUAGGAUAAGGAAGGAAGGAAGGAAGUGGUGUGUUGGGUCGGAAUCUGUGGGAAUGGGAUCUUGCCUCUCCGUCGCGGGGGCACCAUCGGAUGCAUGCGAUGACCGGUUGUGGAGUCCAACCGAAUUGUCGGAUUAUAGGAUUGAAAUGCGGGUUCACAGAGUUCCUGGGAGAUUGUUCUUGAACGGUUCAUCGCAGAUUGCUUCCUUGUACUGCAGAAAAGGCUACGGAGAGAUCAACCAGGAUGCAAUGCUUGUUUGGGACAACUUCUGUUCGAACGACGGCACCGUUUUAUGCGGUGUCUUCGAUGGCCACGGACCUUAUGGCCAUUUGGUUGCAAAGAAACUCAGGGAUUCCUUUCCUUUAAAGCUCAUGGCUCAGUGGAAUUCCUCAAAUCCUGACAGCACAUACAGCAAUCGCAAUUUCUUUAGCACAUCCAUGAACAACGACUUGGAACCUUGUACCAUUGCCCCAACUGAAAUUGCGACGCUGAGACAAUCUUUUAUCACAGCUUCCAAGAUCAUGGACAGAGACCUCAGAAUUCAGAAUCAGAUCGAUUGCUCCUCUAGUGGCUCCACGGCUGUUACCUUGCUCAAGCAGGGCCACGACCUUCUUAUUGCUAAUGUGGGUGACUCCAGAGCUGUAUUGGCUACCCAUGACCGCAAUGGUUCCCUUAUUGCCAUUCAGCUUACCACUGACCUUAAGCCUGAUCUUCCAAGGGAAGCAGAGAGGAUAAGGAUUUGUAAGGGAAGAGUGUUCGCCCUUCAAAAUGAACCGGGAAUUUAUAGAUUAUGGCUUCCCAAUGUUGACUCCCCUGGGCUUGCCAUGUCAAGGUCUUUUGGAGAUUUUUGUCUCAAGGACUUUGGACUCGUCUCUGUUCCUGAUCUCUCUUAUCAUCGCCUCAAUCACAGGGAUCAAUUUGUUGUGUUAGCCACAGAUGGGGUAUGGGAUGUUUUAUCAAACGAAGAAGUUGUGUCCAUUGUGUCAUCUAGUCCACGCUCUUCAGCGGCUCGAAUGCUGGUUGACGCAGCUGUUCAUGCAUGGAAAACCAAGCUUCCCACUUCUAAGGUUGAUGAUUGCUCUGUAGUUUGCCUCUUCCUUAAUUCCAUGUCGGACUCAAAACCAUCGACUCCCAAAAAAGACCCAUCAAAUGUCGUUGAGCAGUAACCACCACUACAUAGAGCGGAACCUUAACGAAAGUGCCCACACUAUAUAUCUUUUAUGUCAACCAUCACUCUCUUAAUUUAGAAGAAGGACUGUUUGGCUGCAUUCCCAAUUUCAGAAAUACACUCACAUCCUAAGUUAUAUGGAUGGAGAGAUGUAGCGAUGUAAAUACAUACGGAACAUAAUUUCAUUAAACCUCGGGUGUGUGUGCAAAAUGACAUAAUCUAUCUUAUAUUUUUACAUGUACAGGGUAAAGGGAUACUACUGUCAUUUUCUUUUUAGCCGAAGGUCUUUUCCCUAUCUGUAUAUCCAAGUCUCUAGAUUAUAUUAUGUAGUUCAUCCAGGGGUUGCUUCAAACAAGAGAAAUGAAAAGAAUAAGAAUCUUAUUUGCUA